AUGCCUCGCACCAUCUACCUCGCCGUAUUUAGCAACGGCGCUCGCCCCGCUCAUCAGUCUGCAUUCAUCCCAACCGGUGACUCAGGGGACGCUGGAAAAAUCAUCCAUGUCACUGGUAACCCCGCCACGGGAUUCUUUCUCGAGUUUAAGCGCAAUUACGACUUUGCUCUCACUCAGCGCACUUUUCAACGAAUCCCCCUCGGGCACGUGGAAGAUCGCCAUGUGACUGAUACCGUAGGCGACGGUACAGCCUCGCAGGAUACUAUCGCUCGUGAUAGAUUGGAGUCGGUUGCUACCAUUGUGCCGCCACCUGGCCGCAGCCCCAAUCCUUUUGACCCAUUGGCACUGAAUUGCCAAAAUUGGCUUCAAGAUUACAUUGAAAAGCUUGUUGCAGAAGGUUACCUCGCAGAAAGCGCUAUUUCGGUUUUGCAAAACGCCCCCAAGGUGCUCCCGACUCGUUAA